AUGAUGAGGCUGAGAAUGACUCUUGUUUUGGGCCUUGGUUUUCUUCUGGUCCAUGUUAAAGGUCAAGGUGAUUUUGAUUUAUCGGAUGCUCUUGAUCAUCCAGAGGAAACAAUUACCAAGAAGCCUCCACCGGCUACCAAAAGGCCAGUGUUUGAUGAUCAUCCAAAACCUCACCCACGUCCUCCUCACAAGCCGCAGCCGGGAAGCUAUGGCAAUGAUGGUGACCGCUUCAGUGACUUAGAUCUCAAUGAUGGGAAACCUCUACCCCCAAGGCCCGCAGGAGAAAAGGAGAGUAAUGUCAAUCAUGGUGGAAACACUGAUUCUGGAGUAAUUGCUGGAGUUACGUCACCUGUGAUUUCUGUGCUUGUGCUGUUAGUUGUUGGAUCAGUAGCUGGUUACACAGCUUACAAGAAGAAACAACUCUGUUUUAAAGCGAAUGGUGAUGAGAAAAAAGGAACUUCCGCCUAUGUGUUGUAUUGA